CUUUCAUUAAACAUCUCACCGCCGUUUUGUAUCGAGAUGACUGCACGAAAAAGCCUGAGACUUAAAGAAGUCACCCUUGAAGAUGUACCCGUUCUCACAGAGGUAUGGUUCGCAGCUUUUACCGAUCCUGGAAUCCGGCGCAUCUGGCCUGAUACACCGGCCGUACGCAACUGGUGGACCGAAGGCAAUCGUCACGACUUGAUCCAUAAACCGUUUCAACGCUACGUCAAAGUUGUCGAUCCAGACUCUAAAGAUGUUAAUGGCCGUCCGCGGAUCGCGGCUUUUGCCAAGUGGGAUACUUCGAUGCCCCACAAGCGGGGUCGACGAUAUCCAGCAUGGACUGAGGAUCAGCCUGGUCAAGUCUGUGACGAGUUCAUUGCCAAGGAGGAAGCGGAAAGACUCCGCGUUAUGGGAGACCAGAAGCACUACUGUAAGGGGCCACUCGGACCUUGUACCCCGGAUCUGCUAACCGCAAUUCAUCUAGAUCUCGAUACGUUGGUCACGCAUCCUGACUAUCAACGCUGUGGAGCUGGCUCAAUGCUUAUGAAAUUUGGCUGUGAUCUAGCAGACAAGGACGGAGUUGCAGCGUAUGUGGAUGCAAGCAAGUCUGGGGCCGGACUUUACAAACGGUUUGGGUUUGUGGAUGAGAGCUUACCUGGUUCUGGCGACGUCGCUUCCAUGGCUCGACGAUAACGCCCGUCGGUCUUUGCAACCUGAGCUGUGCCACUGCAACGUUGUAAUGCUCAAAAAUUAUUGAAUAAAGCAUAAACUAGUUAUAUACUGAAGUUGAAGCUAAUGCCCUUUGAC